AUGAGCACCUCUGGAGGAACUUGUGGAAGUCCAAACUCCACAGAACCUGCUCCUGAUUACUUCAAGGAAUUGUGGUCCAAAUUGAAGGAAUGCCAUGAUAAAGAAGUAAAAGGUAAUGUUAUGGUUGCUGAUCUAUAACAGGCCAGUGUGUUUACCAAAUAAAUACAUCAUAAUUAGCUCUUGAUCAGCUGGUAUUUGUGCCUUGUUCAGAGAACAUUUGGUGAAAACAUAGCAAGAUGUUAAUCAUAUGGUGGGGUGUGUAUGAUAAUUGCAGAUGAAUGUGGGUUGAUGUUGAGUGGAUAUUGUUUGACCAGACCUGAUCUUUUCAAUGUUCAGUUGCUUAAGCAGAAUGUUUUGUACCUAGACAUACUGAAGUUUUGAACACUCUGGCAACUGAAUAAUCUUAAAAUAAGAUUUUCUGGUUUAUCAGUCUUUCUCCUGCUGGAUUUUUUACAAUGAACUGUGAAACAGAGUUAAUAUUUUGCAGAAUGCUGAUGUAGUUUCCAGUCUAAAUCCUCACCAGAGUAUCUAUGAUGUAGAAAUUGAGCAAGGUGUAUGGUGUACAUAAGUAUUUUCUAGCUGUUGUUCUUGGAAUGUAGAAAUGACAAUGAAACCACAAGAGAUUCUUAUGGAGACCCUGAUGGAGCUAAUCAUGCAGAACAAAUCUAUGCAUUUUAAGUGAGAACUUAGUCCUUUUCAAUUGGACAUAGACUCUUGUGUCUUAUAAGAUUGCAGCCCCCGUCUCGUAACAGGAGAUAUAUCUUACACACAUGUACACAUGCCAGAAGUAGCAGCUGUAAGACUUCAUGCAUUUGCAUUCUAUAUGCAGACAGAAUCAUGCAACUCAUUCCCAGGAAUGCCAGCAAUAUUAACAGGCAACAGCAGAGUUGUUAUUAUUAUUAUUACAAUUAAUUUAUUAAUUGCCUUCCAAACUGCCAUCUCAAGGCAGUUUACACAUAAGAUAAUUAAAAACGGGUAAAAACAACAAAUAUAUUUAAAGGGCAGGAAGAAAACCAACAGCUGAUUUCACCUAGCAAACUAGUCUAUACAGUACAGUGGUACCUUGGUUUACAAACAGUCCUGUUAACAAACUAUUCGGGCAACGAACUCUGCAAAACCAGAAGUAGAUGUCCCGGUUAGCGAACUUUGCCUCGGAAGACAAAUGGUGGAAGGGCACCGGUGGCGGGAGGCCUCAGUAGGGAAAGCGUGCCUCAGUUUAAGAACCCUUUGAUUUAAGAACGGACUUCUGGAACAAAUUAAGUUCGUAAACCGAGGUACCACUGUAUUGGGGAACAGAUACAUCCAAAUAACAGGCUGUGUUUUGCCUGUUGCAGAAAACGGUGUCCAAGCUACUAGGGAUACCAAGGAUUGUAGCAGGCCAGAUUAAAAUCCAAUAGAGAAAGUGAUAUCUGGGAAUGUUGCACAUAGAAUAAUUAAAACAGCCCAGGUUAAUGCAUUCAACAAUAUAGCAGAAGUCUACACUUCCUUGCUGCAGUUACCCCUACCCUCUCACUUGGAUUAAGGGAGCCUGAUAAAAGAUGGGGUGUGAGAGGCAUAGUAAUUUCCUCAAUAUAUUUUACCUUCUAUAGGCCACAAAUCAUUUACUGAACUUACUAGGUUUAUUAGCUUUAAUCCUUUUGGCUCACUUCAUUCUUCAGCUGAGUUUUUACAGUGGGUGGAAUGUCAGUGAGGCACAUGCUGAGGCAUCAUCAACUCAGGAUUUUGCAAUCUAAGGAGUGCCUUUAUGUCAUGAAGCCGAAUAACAGAAAACUUAAGUUAAAAAAAAAAUGUGUCUAAUCUAAUGUUCUUUUGCAGUUUGGAAUACUAAAAACUUGGGCAUGACCUUUCAAAAAUACAUAGGCCUGUAUAUUCUUGGAAAUAGGUCCCCCUGAAAUAAAUGACACUGAAUAAAUCUAGUUAGAUUGACUAUGGGUGUGUCAGUGCAGCCUUGCCAUAAGGCAGAUUUUUUCAUGCCUAAACCUUUGUUUCUAUGUUCUACACAAUGAUUAGUAAAGUUAGAUGCUGCAUGAGUACAUCAAAGACAUGCCUGAAGGAUAGUCAAUUUUUGCAAAAGGUGGGGUCCCUCCUAUAGAACUGGGUACAGUGAUAUUUAAGACACAUCAAACACAGACUUGUCUGGACUUUACUUGUUCCUGAAGUCUAUAAAUAUGAAUUAAAGCUGACUCAUGAAUUUUGAAUUCUAAAUGUCAGCAAAAUUGACAGUAGCCAGAGAAAUAAGUGCCUGGUGCUUACAUUGGUUGUACUGUGCCAUUUUGUUGUUUUUCCAUGUGCAAACUUCAUCCUUGUGCUACCAAGAAAGCAAUCAAAUGAUGAUGUUAUGUUUCUUCUAAUAUUUAACAACAUGUUUUGGAGGAAAAUACAGUCUAAUAAGUUGCAUACUACAUUUAGUGCUGAAUGCCAUGGCUUCAGACUCAACCUUCAUUGCAUGUCACAACUUUUCUCUCUGCUUUGGUUCAUGGCUUCAAUUAGACAAAUUCAUUGUUGUGUGAUGAUGAACUCACAAGCCUGAUUAUCAGAAUAAAAGCACAGGAUAUUAACAUGGUUAUGAAAAACCUUCCCAGAAGUUAUGCUAAGGAUGGAACUACAGUGGUACCUCGGUUUUCAAACAUAAUCUGUUCUAGAAGACCAUUUGAGUUCCGAAAUGUUCAAAAACUGAAACUCAAUAGCUGACAGCUAGGCACUCAGCGGAAGCCACGUUUCCUGUUCGACUUCUGAGGUGCGUUCGAAAAUUGAAGCAUUUACUUCUGGGUUUACGGCGUUCAAGUUCUGAAACGUUUGUCAACGGAGAUGUUCGAGAACUGAGGUACCACUGUAUAUAUUAUGUUAGUGUAAGGGAGGAAUUUUUAGGGGAGAUUUUAUGGGAGGAGGUGGCAAACCUUUCCCUUGUAAUCCAUCCCGAUGGCUUCCCCUCCCCACAUUCCACACACGCAUCCAACUCUGAAACCUGAAAUAAAUCAAAUUGGGUGACGUGGGUAUGUGUGUGAAGUACUGGGAAGAGGGUUGUGGAGGAGAAUCAGUGGAUGAGCAUGGAUAAGACACCUCACCACUCACCCUCCAGUUUCCCCCACAAAUGUCUAAACAUUACUGUUGAACAGUAAACACUCAUUUGGGAAAUGUGUGUAAUGUGUAGUUCCACCCUUUGCAGAAUUUCAUAGGUUAUAAUUCAGUUUAAUCUAACCUAAAUGAAAACUGUGUGCGCAGCAAGCUGGCAGAUACAAGUAAGUGGUAAAUCUUACUCUUGCCAUGCAUUUAAUGGGUAUUGGUCUGUGUUCUCUGUCUCUCAUACAUUUUUUUGGAACACACAAGGCUGUUAAGGCAAGUUUACUUACUUUUUAAAAAUCUCAUUAGGACUAAUAUGAUUUAAGCACAAAUACUACAUCUUUGAUGGGUUAUGAGGCAGUCUGUUUUAUUUAAAGAAUAGUGAAGAAAAAAAUAAAAGUUCUAGUGAUCUGCAAAGCAAACAUAAUUUUUCAGAAUUUAUACAACAGACUUCAUACCCGAAUUCUAAUUUAUUGAUUUAGGAUUGCUCCAGAAAGAUUUCUGAAAUAUUCUGAUAAUUCCUGAAUUCAGGCGAAGUAGUAUUACUAUACUUUUGCCUUCGUAGUACAGCUUAUUCAGUAGCAACUGAGACUGCUAGUGUUAAAAUACCAAAACCUGUGCCAAACAGACUACCUGUUCUUACAGGAGCCUCAUUGUUGUGCGGUCUCAUUCCUUCUGAUGGGUGUGGAGAAGGAUUAAAGCAGAGCACUUUAUUAGGGGUCUUAAUUCCAGAUAUCUAAUUGUCUCGCCAAAUUGCAGCCACAUUUUAAGAAAAACUAUUUCCUAACUGAUCUACAUGAUCAAGCAUAUUUGAGUGCUUAAAGAGAUAAGAGCCCUCCUUUCCUGUCUUCCCUUAAUUUUUCUUUUGAAGUCAUUUUCAUGCAUUUUCUAUUUUGCCUUUCUUCUGUAAUGGGACAUGGCAUUAAUGUGUGGUAUGACUGUUGUUUUCAAAACAGAAGCAUGGGCUCUGAUGAAUUUGAUUUUUUUAAAGCAGUCAGUAGUAGUCACCAUUCAUCCAGCUAUGGUUCAGGAAUGUAACAGCCUUGAUUACCGGGAUCAAUAAAUUUCGGCCAGCCUUAGUAACUAGCCAAAAAAAAAUGCCUAGAAACCUGACCAAGGGGAGCUGGCGAAACAGAAGAGUGAAAUAGUUCUUGCAUUCAUGUUGCACCAAUUCUCUUUUCCCUCUGGAGUGCUAGCAACUUCUUAGCUAGAUUUCUAUAAUGUGCUUUUUUUCAGGGCUACCCUUGGAGACAGCAUCCUAGGAACCAUUGGUUCAUUACCUUCUUUUGAGAACUGAAGUAACUGAAAAACAAACUAUAAAUUUCUGAAAUAACUUGUUCAGAACAAUAACCCUAUAAUUUAGCUCCAAAUGUAUGCAUUUGUUGGUAGUUUCUACAUAUACAUAUAAAGACAUUAUUCUUCACUAAUUUGUAUAUGGAAGUUCAAAAUAUAAAUUAUUGCUUUUCUGUUUCUCUUUCUUUAGGAUUACUGGCAAAGAUCACCAAGCUGAAAACAGAAAGGUGUUUGUAAGUAUCUCCUCAUAUGCUAUAAUUCUUAAUUUGAUGGAAAUAGUUGCAUUUAUUAACUGGUCCUCAGAGGCUGGUUUUUCAGACAGAGCCUACUAUCUCCUUUUCUAGGAAUGAUAAAGCAAAAGGUUAAGGACAAUAUUGCAGGGAUUGUAAUAGAGGCAACAUUUCUUAUGUUUAGCAAUCAGUUACAUUAAAACUGCAGUACUAUGCACACUUUAUUUGGAACAAGUCUCAUGGAACUUGGUUGAAUUUACUUCUAAAUUCAUCAAGUCUUGCUGAAGCAGAACCAGCAUGAUUUCUGCAAGGGCAAGUCCUGUCACACUAACCUUGUAGAAUAUCAGCAAGGAUGUAGAUAUAGGUGUACUUUUAAAACGCCUUUGAUAAAGUCACUUGUCAAAGCCUUGAAUAAGCUUUGGAGUUAAGGAAUAAUAGGAGAGGUCCGCUUAUGGCUCUGUAACUGGUUAAGCAGCAGAAAGCAGAGAAUAGGAAUAAAUAGUUCUCCAAUAGUUCUCCAACUUAAAGUUGUAGAAAGUAACCUCUUAAUGGAUCAUUAUUGAGAAUAGUGUUUAAGAUUGUUGAAAUAAAAAGGGAUUGUGAAUGUGAGGGCUAUCCAAUCUGGGUGAAUAGGCAGUAAUAUAGCAAGUUCAAUUUUAUGUAAAGUGAUGCACAUGGGGCCAAACAAUUCUAAUUUCACAUAUACACUAAUGGGGCCUGAACUGGCAGUGGCUGAGUAGGAAUGAUACCCAAGGUUGUAGUGGAUAGCUUGAUGAAGGUGUUGACCCACUGUGUGGCUGCUGUGAAAAAGACUAUUAUUAGGAAGGAAUUGGAAACCUGCCAGUAUCAGAAUAUCAUUAAUACAAAUUUAUGGCGAUACUACACUUGGAAUAUUGCAAAUGGCUCUGGUUGCUUCCCCUUGAAAAUGUUAAUGUUGAGCUGAAAAGGAUUUGGGAAAGGGCAAUCAAAACGAUCAAGGGGCUGGAACAACUUCCCUAUGAGCAAAGGUUGUAACCUUUCGGGCUCUUUAGUGUAGGGAAAAAGUGCGUAAGGAGAGAUAGGAUAGAAGUGGGCAAGAAUUAGGCAAGUGUGGAGAAAGUGGAUAGGGAGGAUUUUUUCUCUCCACCUCUCAUAAUACUAAAUCCCUGGGUCAUCCAAUGGAAGAUUCAGGACAGACAAAAGGAAAUACCUAUUCAUGCAGCACAUAGUUGUGGAGGCUGUGUUUAGCCUUCACUGUUGGGCUGCAGUGUGCCCUUGAAUGCCAGUGGCUAAGAAUCACAAGUGAGGAGAGUAUCAUUGUACUCAGGCCCUGCGUUCAAGCUUCCCUGUGACUACAGAAUGCUGGAUUAUAUGGUCCUUUGGCCUAAUCCCACAGGGCUCUUCUUAUGUUUCUAAGUAACUUGUAUAGGAUAAGGUUGCUAAUGUUUCGGGGCGGGGGGGGGGGGAGAGAUACAUCUGCUAAGUUCAUUUCAGCCUGUACACAAAUUUCCAAAAACAUUUCUGUACUCUAACUUCAAUUUAAACUUUGUUGUAGAGUGAUUGUGUUUGGAAUAAUAUUGUCACGUAUAUCUCCUUGUUAAAAAGUUUCCAUCCUCAGCUGAGAGUUGGUGGAAGAUGGGUAUUAUUGAUGACUUUCUCUUGAGAUUUAAUACAUACCAAGCUAAAUGGCUUAAUUAUUACUUGCUGGAAUCAUCCUACAAGUAGUGCAUUGUAGAUAUAACAGUCUUCUAUAGGAGUUCUUGUUCUCCCCAACUCUUUCUGAAUACCUGAGGUUUAAUAUUUCAGCACUGAUAACCAGCCAGACAAUGAGCUCCUUAUGCUGCACCCUGGUUCAGCGGUGAGGCUAAUGGUCUUGGAAAUGCAGGGUCAGGGACCACUCAUUAGGAAGGCUAUUUUCAUAGCUGAAGAGCUUGUCAGUUUUGUCAAGCAGCAUCAUGACCAUCAUGCACUAUUUUCUCUCUCUUUUUACACUUUUUGCUCCGUUCUUAGAAUGUGAGUGUACUUAGAACCAAGUGAUCCUACCCAUGCUUCAUUCAUAGUAAAUACUCUGUGUUCAGUGACAUAUAUUUCCUAGCAAGUGACUUCAUUACAACAAAGUAGCCUGAACAUGUUUACUCAGAAGUAGGUCUGAGUGAGUUUAAUGCAAUUUGCUCUCAGGUAAGUUUGCUUAGAAAUUCUGCUUUAAUGUAAUAUAAGUGCUGCUUAGCUUUAGAAUAAAUUCUAGCUUUAGACUAAAAUUGGAAGCUUUUUGAGCCACAGGUGGCACUUUUAUGCAUGAUUAGAGGAUUGCAUUCAGUUGCCCCUAGGCCACCAUGUUGUGCAUUUUUUAUGCUGUCUUAGGUGGCUACUUUCUUUACUGGCACAAUCACUAUGCCUAUAACAGGCAUUCAGGCUUGUGUGUGAGAAACUCAAGCUGGAAAUCCUAUUUAGUGUUUGUUUGAUCUGCAUGCUGUGCAUACUUAACUGGAAGCAACCGCCUUUUGGAUAUAGUGAGAAUUUAUUCUUAGUGAACAUACAUAGGAUAGUAGGAUAGCACUAUUGCUUAAAGUACUGUCAGUACAGUAUCGCUGUAAGGUUCCCUUUGUUUCACUUGAGUAAGAAAUACUGGUUUGCCUAAUGCCACCCAGUAGCUGUUCAUAGCUGAGCUGCAAGCUUAAGUCCCUAAGAUAUAGCAGCUUCUAAAGCAAGUCUGGAAAACUACUACACACUCCAAUCAGUUUUGAAUAGAACUGUUUAUAUUUGGUGUCUGUUGUUCUCAAAGCUUGACUGCCAGCAUUUAAAAAGAGGUGCCAGAUCAGUUGUUGCUACUGUUAUUACGGCUUCCAUGUUAUCCUCACAUAAUUGCAGUUAUCGUUAGUAAAAAUCCUUCUUGCAUUAGUUAAAUUGUGUUUGUUUUAUUGCCACUGACUAAAUCUAACAAAAACCAGCCCUGAACUGCUUGAGUUGCAGAGAACUAAAGGGUGUAAACAAGAGGAUUGUACAUUUCCCACCUGCACACCCGUUUGUUAUUAGAUGUGGGCCUUCCAUCCCACCCCUUUUCUAAGAUCAGGCCAAUACCAUGUGUAAAUGUGCAGUUCUGCCACCACUGCAUUUAAUUUAGGCUCCUUCAGAAAGACAACAUAUAAAUUGAAUAAAUUAAACAAAUAAUAGUUUGGCCAGACUAUUACAGUCGUACCUUGGAAGUCGAACAGAAUCCAUUCCGGAAGUCGGUUCGACUUCCAAAGCGUGACUUCUGGUUGGCUGCAGGAAGCUCCUGCAGCCAAUCGGAAGCUACAGAAGCCUCGUCGGAUGUUCGGCUUCCAAAAAUAGUUCACAGACCAGAACAGUCACUUCUGGGUUUGCAACAUUCGGGAGCCAAAACAUUCGGGAACUAAGCUGUUUGACUUUCACGGUAUGACUGUAUUUGUUUAUCUGAUUCCACCAUGUUCUCCCUGCUCUAUAAACCAAUCUGGGACAUAACUACCACACAUUAUAUUAAAUGUGUAGAGUGUAGCAUCAAUCUUUCUUUAUUUUUAAUGCUGAUCAUAAGGGACUCUGAUUUUCACUGAGACCAUGGGAGUGUCUUUUCUGAGGGUCAUUUCCAUAUUGUAGGGGGUUCAUGGGGAUCACAGCUAAGGGGAAGAAAUUGUUAAACCUCCCUAUGUACUGCUUCUUUUUAAAAAAAAUUGUGAGCAUCCUAUCCAUACAUGUAGGACAACUUCACCAUUCUGAUUCAUUAAGGUUUCACAGCUGUAUGCUCCUGCCUGAGAGUAAACUCCACUGAACACACUGGGACUUGUGAGAAAACCUGCAUAGGCUUGCACUGUAAUUUGGUUAUCUUUUCUCAUUUAAAUAAUUCCCUGCAGCCCAUUCUAAUGCAAAGUUUUCCUUGACAGAAAACACAUGCGCAGAAUAGCUAUAAUUUUGUUGUACUAUGCUACCACUUCCCUCUUCCAUCAAGCACCAUCCUUCUCCUCUGUCAAAUUCAUGUUACUUAUAGUGGAAGCCAAUGGAACUGUGACCAUGUGAGUAAUGUGCUUUGUACUGCAGAUGAGUCAUUUUAUUAGUCUGGUUAGCACAGUUUUCUUACUUUGUUAACUUUAAUAUGAUUUCUGCUUAAUGAAAAUGCAUAUAUCACAUAGACAAUUGCUGUAAAUUAAUUUUCAUAUACGUUUAGGGAUGCAGAAAGACUCGAAGAGUUUUACACCAAAAACCAGCAGCUUAGAGAGCAACAAAAAUCAUUGCAUGAAACAAUUACAGUUUUAGAAGACCGGUAAGUAGAAAUUACCCCAUUUUGAUGGUAAGGUUUAGCCAUAAUUUUUCUUUUUUUGAAAGCCCUGCCGAUUAGAUUAUUGUUUGCUGCUUGUAUAUCAAACUCAGUAGUAAACAGCUUACUAAAUGGAAGAGGUGAUAAUGGAUGCUCUCCCUGACUAUUUUAAGUUUUGAAAUCAAAGCCUUUUGAUUUGUAUUGGACAACUUUUUUCAAGGACUUGGAAGUUCAUUCAGUGCUAUGAAGCAUGUAACCUUUUAUGAUGUGUGUGUCAAGAAAUAAGUUCAAAUAGAUGUAUUCUAGCUUGAUCAUCCAGAACAAUUUUGUUGUUCUGCAGGUAGGAAAGAUUUAGAAGUUGAAGGAAGGUCUUUGAUAGUAAAAUCAGAAGUGUGCUUCUGAUUGCCAUGUAUCCAAAAAGGUGUUUCACAUUAAUAAUAAUAAGAAUGGUUGAUAGCCAAGAUUUUAAAAUUCUAGAUCAUCUAUGCCACUUCAGGUUGUAAUCCUAAACACACUUACUAAGGAGUAAUUUCCACUGGACGUUUAUGGCCUCUUGUGCAGUGGUUCACUAUUAAGUAAAUACUUUGGGCCCCCUGUUUUUCAAAAGCUAAGCCAUGGACCUCCUACUUUUGAAAUUUUGAUAGAUCAGUGGUAUGCCCUGAGUUAUCUAGUACUUUAAAAAAUAUUAUGCUUAUCUAACAUAUCUUUAUCUUCUAAUUUCUAUAGGUUAAGAGCAGGAUUAUGUGAUCGUUGUGCAGUAACUGAAGAGCAUAUGAAGAAAAAACAGCAGGAAUUUGAAAAUAUUCGGCAACAGAACCUCAAGCUGAUUACAGAACUGAGUGAGUUUUAUCUUCCUUGAGUCAUUUCAUAAUAAUGGGACCUCUUUGCAUGUGCUCUGUUAUCACACUCUUUUGAGUCAGUAAUGGUUAGUUUUUCUAUAUUUAAAUACUACGUUGUUCACAGAAAAUGCUCAUUAUGUCUUAUUGACCAUUCAUUCCCCAAACAGGCUUAUACUCAUAGGCUCUCCUGUGAGAGCCAGUGUGGUGUAGUGGUUAAGAGCGGUAGAUUCGUAAUCUGGGGAACCGGGUUCGUGUCUCCGCUCCUCCACAUGCAGCUGCUGGGUGACCUUGGGCUAGUCACACUUCUUUGAAGUCUCUCAGCCCCACUCACCUCACAGAGUGUUUGUUGUCGGGAAGGAAGGGAAAGGAGAAUGUUAGCCGCUUUGAGACUCCUCAGGGUAGUGAUAAAGCGGGAUAUCAAAUCCAAACUCCUCCUCCUCCUCCUCCUCCUCCUCCUCCUCCUCCUCCUUCUUCUUCUUCUUCUCCAUUGUACCUAAUAUGUGGGAGUGUACAGUUAGCCUCUUAAAUUUUGGAAUGUCUAAUAAAACACUUCUUGCUUUCAAAACUGUUAAUAUUAUAAGAUAAAAUAUAGAGAAGUGCUUUUUUCCUAUGUCUUUAAAAUGUCAGGAACUACCACAAGCAGAAUUUGAGUGAAAUUGAUUUAUAGCUCAAUAAUAUUUCACUUGGGCUUGACUCUUUGCUCACACACAAAGGUAUAUCCUGCCAAGCUAUGGUUUGUUUUUACAUCCAAACCUAUGGAACCUUACAAGCCAUGGUUAGAGAAGGUACCAUCAAAUCAAGGUAUCAAAUCACAGUUUGAAGAGAAUUUGCAAAACACAGCUUGUACCAAUUGUUGUCUGCCAUGGCAUCCGAAUUCAGAAACCCGUGACAAACCAUCAUCUCAACAGAAGCAGAGCAGCAUCACAGGAAUUGCUCUGCCUCAAGAAGCUGCUGCACUAUAGAAACCAGAGCGAAUCAUAGUUCUGAGCAGAUAGAAAACAAUAGGAGACAAAUAGUUCUAAAUUAUUAUUUACCAUAUGUUUGACAGCUCAAAACAGCGUUGUGGGUAAGCACAAGCUGUGGUUUGCUAUGGUGUAUGAAUUGAGCCAGAGUCUGUUUAUUGCUAUAGAUGCCUAAAGAUUCCAUCCCAAACCCAGAUUAUAUUUGGUUUAUGACUAGCUUGCAGGGUAGAGGGGAAGGAGCCGAACCUUUUCUGUGUUUGACUUGACUUGCUUUAGUCUCCUGGAGGUGUUUGCUCUGCUAGCACCAUUAUACAGUGCUUCUGCUAUACAAUUGCUAUGUUGAUUGUUUGAGGAGUGGAGGAUGUUGAUGUAUUUUCCUCCCAUUAAUCAGGUACUGUUGGAUUCAAUGAAAUUUUGUAAUGUUACCACUUUCCCUUUAAUGUUAUUGUGCUGCUUUGCUUAUAGACAAAUGGAGAACUCUUCUACAUCUUAGGUUCAGGGGCCUUCUAAAGGGAAUCAAAGUUCCUGGAUAUAAACUAUUACUUGACUUUCUUGUGAAGGGAGUAUAGCUCACAAAUGCCCACUAAUUUGGAUAGCAUCAUGAUUUUGGUCAAGGAUAGGAUAAAAGGCACAUCUUUCCAAACAUCACACAAGACAGUAGCGCCAGUACUUUUUUAAAAUGUCCUUUCCUUUGCAUCACCAGUCUUAUUUCUUUCUAUUGAGCAAUAUUCUCAUGUGAUGAAAAAGUCAAUUAGUAAGUAAUUUGUUGCUGGAUUUCACAGUUAAUCAGUGUGAUGUAAUUAAGUUACAAAUUGCAUUUAUAACAUUCUGUUAGUGACUUGGCUGGAACUCUUUAUUUAGAAUGAAAACAAAAUGUAUUGGAGUACAAGUACAUGCAAGUGAGUUUUUUAGUCAUCUAAUGGAUUUCCUAAGAAGACUGAUGAAGAAAUAAAACGCAACUGGAAAUUGCCAUGUUAUUUCUUUUUUUUGCAUAUUUCAGUGAAUGAAAGAAACAAUUUACAGGAUGAAAAUAAAAAGAUUUCUGAACAGCUUCAGAAGAUGCAAGAGAAGAUAGAGUAAGUAUAAUUCCUGUUUGUACCUAUGCAAAUAGAUGUAGGGAAAGGUUUGUCCAGGAAGUGAUGGAUAAUGACGAUAACCAAACCACAAUAAAUCAGAUAAACCCUGUCCCAUCUCAGUGUAACACCCUCCCUUUCCUGAGAGGGAAGGAGUUUCUCAUGGAGUGCUGAAAAGUUGGAUACCAGAGUAGCUCCAUAUCCCAGCACUUUAAAAAAUAUGUAUCCUACUGUCUUUUAGUUGAGGGAGGUGAGGAGGCAGUGUAUCUCAUGCCAUGCUGCUAAGUUUUGGAGCAGAUGGAAACAGAGAAAGAGAGACCUGGUGUUUCUGCUACUCCAGGACAAUAUAAGAGUCUCUUCUACCUCUGUACUUUGUUCUCCAGCGCCUGUAGGUGACUGGUGGGAGGGGUCAUAGCAAAAGGAGUGAUCUCUGGCAACUACGAAAUAUGCUUGGCUGGUAAGCCAAACCAGAACUUGUGAAAGGUUUGGUAAAUGAGCCUGUUGUCAUUUCCAGCUAUUCCUUUAUAGUCCCACUGACUCCCUGAUCUUUUGUUUAUAAUUUAUGUUUUCACUGCCAAUGUCUCAGCCACUUAUUUUAGCUUCAACCUGCCAAGACAUUCUUUGUUCUGUCCACCAUUUGCCUUUUUAUUAGCACCUUCUGCCAGGUUCCCUCCUUUUAAUCCAGGCAUAGGCAAACUCCGGCCCUCCUGAUGCUUGGGACUACAAUUCCCAUCAUCCCUGACCACUGGUCCUGUUAGCUAGGGAUGAUGGGAAUUGUAGUUCCAAACAUCUGGCGGUCUGGAAUUUGCCUAUGCCUGUUCUAAGUGGCAGUGCCACUCUUUUUCUAUAAUUUAAAAGGACCAGUUCUGCCUUCUCUAAGGCUACAUUCCCUGAUUCAGUUAGGUAGCUGUGUUGGUCUGAUGCAGUAAAAAAAAAAUUUAAAAAAUUGUCCAGUAGCACCUUAGAGACCAAUUAAGUUUGUUCUGGGUAUAAGCUUUCGUGUGCAUGCACACUUCUUCAGAUACCAAUUCCCAGUGACCCUUAAUACACUCUUGGCAGAUCAACACUUUCUGUUUUUUUGUAGUAUUUAGAUUUCACAUUAAUUUUGUUUGUUUUUCUUAGGGAGCAAGAGCAAUACAUGGAAGAGUUCGUUCCAGAUUCACCUGUUCAGUCACUUUCAAUGGUUAAUCAACUGCGCCGAAAACGGGAGAAUAGACAUGUCCAGUACACAGAACAAAAGGGUCCAGAUUUGGAACAGACAGGAAGACCUCAUAGUACGCUUUUUCAAAAACUAUUUCCCUGCUAAAAAUAUUAAGAAUAAUUACAGUUUGAAGGAGGUCCCCUUUAUACAAUAUAAAAAUAUAUAAUUCCAAAUCCUUCCUUCCUUUUAGGAAAUGGUUCUGAAUUUUUGGUAGCAGUGCUUCCUUACUAACUUGUCUCAGACUACCACCUAAUGGACAUUAAAAGUAUUUCCAUCCUGUCAUACCCACAAACAGAGAGCCAGUUAUUUUAGAGUUUCCAUAACAAGGAAUAGUCUUAACUCCCAUCAGGUCAGGGGAAAACUGUGUGAGAGGAGCUGCUCCUGAGCUGGGCAUUGUUGCUUGCUCUGUUUCUGGAUCUGAAUAUGGGGGAAGAAUACCUCUAGGCCAGGGGCAGCUCUUGAUCAAGCACAAGGCAGAGAACCACCAUUGAUAUUAAGGAGGAAUUGCUGUAGGGUGCCAUAAAUAAACUUCAUUUUAUAAAGAUGCUGUAUCUGAUUAUGACCUUUAUUUUUCUCUUUCUAGAGCUUGGGAAGAUCCCUCUUUCAUCCACCCAAAGGGAUGUCUGUCCUGAAGAAGAAGUAUUGGUGGCUGAUACCUGCGACCCACAGCUCUCCCCAGUAUCACGUAAAUUUAGCAAGUUUUGCCAUUAUAUAUUUAAAUUAGUGAUAGCGGAAAAGAGUACAGUCACUUUUCCUUGGUAAUCACUCUGUACUAUUGAAGAUUUUUCUUGUUUUACUGCUUAGAGUUUUUUUAUUAAUUAAGCAGUUUAUAAAUAUUUUAAAUAAAUGAAGCUUUUAGUGGAGAUCUUUAUCCAAGUUCAUCUCUGUAUUUGAUCUGAAUUUUGUUCUGUUUUGUUUUUGCAUAUGGAAUUAUUUAAUUGUUGAUGUUUGAUGCUUUGAGGUAUUUUAUGGGGAGCGAAUCAUGAAUGGAAUUGAAUAAAUAAGAAAAACCCUCAGUGUGAAAAGUGCUCUGUACGAUCCUUUGGUCUGUUUAUUCUUUGUUAGAGGAGGCAUAUGACCCAGGACUAGCAGCCCUUUCAGGAAUCCUGGAGAUUGCCCAUUUGCCCAGGCAUUUUGCCGACUCUUAUGAGGAAACCAUUCACCCUCCAAAGCUAUAGGGAAGAGUUGAACAGAAACCAGGAACCUCAAGAGACAGCUACUGCAAACUUGCAUAUUAUUAAAUACUAUUAUGUUCAUCUAAAAUGUUUUUUGAGCAUUCAAGAAAUAGGUUUAAAAUUAAAAAUCAAGGAUUCAGAAAUGUUCUGCUGAAUUAAUUGCCUUGGAAUAAAUCAUACUUCUAUUAUUGCACAAUUCUCAAUUUAUGGACCUCUUUUUUAAACCUAAUCCUAUCUGUACUAGCAAAAGUGGAAUAUGUUUUAUCAUGCAUGUUCUGAGUUACUGAUUUCUUCUCUCCAUCUGUACAGAUGAAAAAAUAGCAGGAGAGUGCACUGCUACAAGAUCACCAUUUGCCUUGGCAGUAGUUGUUGCAGAAACCCUUGGACUUGAUGAGCCUGUGAGUACUGAUUUCAUGAUCUGCCACAAAAAUCUAGUUGGGAAAUAAACUCUCAUAGGGAAAACCAAUUUUUCUUUUGCUUAUUUUGUCUCAAGAUUUGGUAAAAAGUACCACCAACCAACUGCUAAUGACAGCAGAUGAGGCAACUGACUGUGUAUAAAUCGCUGUGUAAUCAUUGUUAUCCAUUUAUUGUGUCAAAAACUAAAUGAAAAUGUAAAUGAAAAUUACAGUUCAUUUUGUAAUUUUUCAUUACUGGUAAUUAAUGUUGGUUUUCAGAAAUGUGUGCCACACUUGUAUACUUAUUAUGUCUUUGGAGGCUGAAUAUUUUUAUUUUAUUUUUUGCAUGGUAAAUUGGAAAUAAAUUGCAUGAAGGUGGUAUAGAACCAUAUCUUUUAGAAUUGCUACUCAUAUUACUUUGUUGGUGAAAUAUAACUCAUUCAUUGCAGUGAUUUGAUUUAAUGGGAUCCCUUUGCUAUAGCUUCAGAACAUAAUUGGUUAAAUAAAAUUAUAUCAGAUAAGCUGAGUGCAAUCACACUAAUCCAGCUCAAGGAACUAUACGCAAAGAAGCAGGCUUUUCUGAGCAUAUCCAGAAUUUGACAGAUAACUACAUGCACAACCAGAUGCUUCAUUCUCAAUUUCCUCUUCCAUUCAGCAAAUCUGGGGUUUGCAUACAGACCUGCCUCUACUUUUUAUUCAAGCUGAUUGUUCUGUCAACAUAGGCCUGGCUAAUCCAUGACCAUGGAAUUACCAUAUUUUUCGCUCUAUAACACGCACCGGACCAUAACACGCACAUAGUUUUUAGAGGAGGAAAACAAGAAAAAAAAUAUUCUAAACGAAACAGUGGAUGUAUGAUUUUUGUGGUUCAUGCUGUGGCCACAGACAUGUGAUCUGACGGGAAGUUUGGGGUAGCCCAAUGCAAAAACCCUAAGGAUCCAUGUGGAUCCAUGCUUUGUAAGCACGUUUUUGCACCACUGCGGCCCCAGGCAACAGUGGGUGCAUGAUUUUUUUGGUGCAAGCUGUAGCCAUGGACAUGCUAUGUGAUCUGAUGGUGAAUUUGGGGUGACCCAGUGCAAAAAUCCUGAGGAUCCAUGUGGAUCUGUGCUUUGUAACCAGGCUCUCUGUCCCUCUCUUCUCCCCACUCAGUGGCUCUUCUCCCACUUUGCUGUUUCAAAGCGAGCCACAGAGGAGGGAAGGAAGGGGAACCAUGGAUCCUCUGCUCACGACUGCAGCAGAUCCCCCCGCCAUCCGUAGGCAUUCGCUCCAUAACACACACAGACAUUUCCCCUUACUUUCUAGGAGGAAAAAGGUGAGUGUUAUGGAGCAAAAAAUACGGUAAAUAUGAAUGUGUGCAUUUUGAGCUUCUUUAAAAAAUGUGCCAUACCAGAAGUUGCAAAACGUAAAGUGGUGUUAUUAUUUCAUAGGAACCUCGGAAUAAAGCACAGGAAGAUUUCAGAAAACAGUUGGUUCAUGUGUUUCCUAAAAGUAAUGGUGACAACUUGGAGUAAGUCUUAGAAUUUCCUUUAAAAAAAAAUAAAUGAAGAUUUUACAUAUGAAGCUAAAUGAACUUUCAUAGAAUAAAUUUGGUAGAAAUGUUUAUUAUAGUAAUGUUUUAUAACAUAUUUAAUAUAAUAGUGAAGAAAACUUACCACAUUUUAGUUUGAAAGAGUAUAAUCCAUUAGAAAAUAGCAUACUUAGAUUUUCUGACAAUAUCUGACUUUUUAAUAUAUGUCUUGUAAUAAGAAAAAUUAAUAUGAUUUCCCUGCCAAUAUUUUGUACUCUGAAUAGAAGUACUUGGUAUUAUGCCAGAUGCCACCAUAAGGACCAAUCCUGGUCUUAUGAUGUCUUUUUUUAUGCACACACCCUAUAAUGUUUUUAUUUGCAGUUUCUAAAAUAAUAAACCAUUUGCCUCUUUAAAAGUUCAGGGCUCCUAUUUGAUGUACUACAAAAAGGCAUAAUAAAUAUGGACAGAAGGUUAAAACUUCAUGGCAGCAUCUGCUAAAGCAUGGAUGGGGAAUCUGUGGACCUCCAUUUGUUAUUGGACUAUAUCUCACAUCAUCUAUUGCCAUGCUACCUGGAGCUGAUGGGCCUUCCAGCAUCUGGAGGGCCAAAGGUUCCUUACCCUUGUGCUAAAGACUCAGAAACCCAAGGAUCUUUGAGCAGGAUAUUGAACAAACCUACUUACCUUUCAUCCUUACCUCUAUUGACCCUACACUGCAACCUUUGUUCAAAAUCAGGGCUUUCUUGGUGUGGAGUAUGUCCAGCUCUGCUUAUGUUGAUGUUUCUGACAAUAAAUCCAGUCUUUCAGAAGGGAGUGAUAAUUUAAUUCCUCUCUUAAAUAACUGUUACAGCCUUAUGCUGGAUGUUACUUUUUUUCAAUGGACUGGUUUGUUUUUUGUACUAGUUCACAUUAGCGGGGAAAAAAUAUUUUCAACUUUUAACUAUUCAGAUUUUCAGAUCCACCUGAGGACUCUUCUCCACUUACAGACUGGGAUUCUAAGGUACCUUCUCCUGUUUUUGGAGCCUCUGCAAAUGUGAAGAAGAGCAGCUUGGGCCUCAGUACAAGUCUUUCCUCUUCUGUGUUAGCAACAGGACGUAAGUCAAAUCUGAAAAACAACUCCAUCAACAAUUCUUCCUAUUCUAGAUCUGAGAAAGUGAAAUCAGUAUCUGAAGAUGUUGCUUUUGUUGUACCGCUUAACCCUGGGACUGAAAUAACCUCUGUUAUCAGCCAGGCUCCAACCGGUAAGCAAGUGGUUCUGAAACAGAAUGCAGAUGAGCCCAUAACAUGUGUGACCAACACACAUUUAGAUAAAGAUGAGACAGGCAAGAGUGACUUCCUUCUUCCAUCACAGAAACAAUUAGGCAGCCGAUGCCCUAAAAGGAAGAAACCUGAUGAAAGGAGUGGGCAUGUGAUCAGCUCUGAAAAAGAAAAUGCCUUCCCUUCCCAUGCAGACAAUUCUCCUAUCAAUAGAGAUAAUAUAACUGAUAAGCCUUUAGAUUUAUCUGAUCGCUUUUCGGGUUUUCGCUGUCAAGGAAAAAGCCAUGUAAGUGCUGAGACCUCCAAAACUAGGCUGAGGCAGGCAACUCUUUGUGAUGUUUUUCAACCACCAGUGAAAGAUUAUUCAUCUAAAACCAUCGUUGGUUAUCUAAUGAGCCAAGAUUCACCAGAGGAUCCCUGUGUACAGGAAGCAUCCCUGGAGAGAGAACCUCAAGUACAGAUAAAAGAAGAGAUCACUUCCUUUUGUAAUCCACCAAACGACGUCCUGGAAUCAGAGCUCUCUGAAGAUAUGGAGGUAAGUUUGUGAGCAACACUGUUACCUAGCAUAAAUAAACACCUGAGGUUUUCGGGGAACGGUAGCAUUUCUUUUGCUUCUUUGCCAAAGAGAGAGUUCACAUGACAGUUAUGCAACAUUUGCCGGGGGAACUUUCUUGCUACUUAUUUGUACUUCUAGGGUGGGGGAUCAGGAGCUGGCUAAUGUGAUACAGCUGGCUAAUGUGAAUUAUGAACAGCAUAGAAAGAAUAUUUGGGCAAAAGGUUUUUAACAUUGUAAUUGUGUCGGUAGGCUGCUGGUGUCCAUAAACCAACAAAUAAGAGGAUAAGGUUACAAAUUGCAGUAGGUGAGCCAGCAUCUGUGCUUCAACCAAAUCCUUGCAGAGUGAAAAAAGCCGCAAAUCUGCACAAGGAACAAGGUACCUUGUAACUCAUCAUAUUAUUGAAAUAUCAGAACAUUGGUGUUCUUUGUCUUGCCCUUUUAUUGGCGUUACCAUCAUCUUAACAGAGAUCCUACAUACCCAUUAGGGACAGAUCUGUAGCGAGUGUCUGCUACAUCCAUAAUCCUGUCAACUUGCUUCAGCCAGGGCAAAAGGGGUAGAUUUCCGCAAGGUUUUUGCCUCAGUCAGUUUUGUUUUGCUUAAAACAAAAAGCCACCCUUCUAUUGACAGUAAUGAAAAGGAAAAUAGGGGUGCCAAUUCCAGGGCUGUCACACUUUUUCAUCGAUCUUGAGGAUACCUUUGAAAAUUUGCCCUAUUAGUGGAAUAGUCACUAUUUAUCUCGUUAUUUUGAUCUGCAUAUCCUUAGAAUUCUAAGACUUUUAGAACAUUCAUUUCUUUUACAAAUUAAUUAUCUCUUCUUUUGAAGAUAAUUCAUCCUUGGAAAAUGUGCAGUGGAGCAUAGACCCAGGAGCAGACCUUUCCCAAUACAAAAUGGAUGUUACUCUCAUAGAUGCAAAAGUAAGCAAUCUUAAAAAUACUAAUGACUUUGGUUGGUUGCUUCUUCAAAUGUAAUAGUUCAUUUGCUAACAUGAAACUGAGUUAGUACAUUUGCUUGUGUCAUUUAUGUGAUAGAUCCUCAAUGUUUGGAAGUUUAUAGACUAGUUUUAGAGAAUGAUUUGAAUAAUAUUUUCAGGCCUGGUGAAUCAUGGGAGAUGCUGAGGUUUCAAUCAACUCUCAGCUUGCAUGUUACACAGUUUGGAAGUGAUGACACUACUAAAUGAAUAUGUGUGAUCUACCCCUCCAAAGGAUUCUUGCAGAAUCUUAAAAUGUGAUCCACAGUCUGAACACUUUUUUGUUCCUGGUAUUUUCUCUGGUAUAGAAGUUUAAAAUAUGUAUUUGAUUGCAAUAUCCUUAAAAAAAAUGUUACAUAAUUAUUUUGUGACUCUGUUGCCUAAAAGGAAGGGAUCCAAACAAGAACUGAAGCAGAGACUGUAGACAUGGACUAUACAUAUGUCAGUGAUAGUAUUCUAGUAAGAAUGAAAAAUCAAGAACAUAAAGAAGUAAACAGUUCAAGUAAGUUAUUUUUGUUUGAUUGUUUUAAUAGCACAAGUGAAAAACUGAAUAUAACAGUUACAAGCUCCUUUGCAUAUAGAGAUGUAUGGCACACACGUGGCUGCCCCAUGUACCAAGAUGACUUCCCUGGUUAGCAUUUAAGAAGGGAUGAUGGAAAAUGCAUGAGCAGUCCAUCAGUUCACUGGAAAGAUAAAAAAGAAUAAGCCCCACUCCAACAAUGCACAGCUUAGAGAAUGAGGACAAUAGAACAGUUGGUUGGGUCCAGCGGUUCAAAAUGCUUCUGUUUGACUUGAAAAUAAGCCGUGUAUUUUUUUCCUGCUUUAUAGCCUUAUAACUCUGCCAUAAGGAACCAUAGUCCUUAUUAUAGUCUUUUGGACCCAGCAAUGUUGUAAGCUAUGGCCUGGUGUACUGUAUGUUUCUUGAGCUUUGUCUAACUUGGUAGCUGUGUGUCUUUUAUGGAGGUGAAUUAUAUGACUAGAGUCCUGUGCAGUCUGGUAGCUUCUCAAGUGUACUGCUGUAAUGUACUAUAUGCUCAGCUAUCCUGGAAGACAGUUCAGAAACUACAACAGGCCUGGAACGUGGUAGCUUGUCUACUUAUCGGAGGUAAUAACCAGUACAUAUAACCUUGCUUCUUUUUGAUCUUCACUUGUGAAUAGUUCAUUUCAGGGUAGAAUUCAGCAUUCUAGACUUGCCCUAUAAAAGCCUUUAAGUACUUGGAUCUGGGAUAACUAAGGUCCACUUAAUUAUUCAGGUGCCACCACUAUCGAUGAUAACUAAAAACUGGGGCUUCUGUAAAAGUUUUUAGUGAGUUGGGGUUAAGAGAAUUCUAAAAAUUGUGGGUGCUCUUACCUUUAAAGUUGAGAUGCUUUAAGAUAUUUCUUAUUUAUUUAGUUUGCAAAAACAAGCAAACCCACACACAACAAAACACCUUUAGCCUGCUCUGUGCAGCCUUUUGGCAUUCUUGAGAUGGAAUGCCCCAGUCAGAAUGUUGCAGUGAAGCCUGCCAGGCUACUGAGGGCAGCAAAGUCACAGCCUAAACUGGCAGCAAGAUUAUUAAAAAAGAAAGAAAGAAAAGCCCUCAGCCAGUUCAUAUUUAAAAGUAAGACACACACCCCCAAUACCCUGCAGGUUCUUAAGAAACUUAUUUGUUACAGCUAUUUAUACCCCACCUUUUAGGAUACAAAUUUGAACAAUGCCAAGAAAGAAGAUUUAAAAUUGUCAUUAUUCUCUUCCUAUAUUCUAGUAUCUACCAGAAAUUCCCAAGAAGCUAUUUAAGUCAUGGGUUGGUCCAUCUUUCUAAUACAGAUAAUCAAGAUGGCAUGCCUUAAGUUAAUAAAUAACAAAGCUAGUUUUAGAACCUGAUUGGUUUUUUAGAUCAUGCUGCUUUUUAGCUCAAGGUGUCAAGAAUAAUGCUAGUAAUAAUUGUUGCUCACAUUUGUCAAAGGAGAGAAAAGAAGAAAUGACACCUUUGCAGAAAUAUUUGAUCGGACAUCAUAUGAAGAAUAUGAAUCCUAUCUAGAAGAUGACAAUGCCCUAGGAUGUAACAAUAGGGAGUCUUGUCAGGCGGAAGAGGAGGAAAAGAAGGAAAUGUCAACAGUAAAGAAAAGCUUACAGAGUAUGUAUUUGUUUUAAGACUUGUAAUUCACUGCCAACAUUGGGUGAGGUUGAGUUACAGCUUUAUUUUCAGUGCACAUAGGAUUUCAACCAUGGAUGGUCCUGCCAGCAGAACCUCAGUUAGGAGAGCUGUUUGUGAGUGGUCUUCCACUAAUGGGAUGUUCCUGCUGCUAGAAGUAGGUGACAGUUCUCCGCUUUCAAUGGACAUCUGCCCCAGAUGUUUGAGGGACCCUCCCAAAGCAGCUUGAGGCAGCAUAGGGGGUUGCAGAAGGAGGGGAAGCCUAUCAAAAAAAUCUGCACCACCCAUGUACUCUAGCAGGAAUGUCUACUAGAUCCCAGUUCCCUCUAAGGAGAAGGAGCCCUACCAUUCAAGGAGGGCUAAUUCGAAACCAAGUCAUUAUCUUUUAAAAGAUCUAGGUGUUCAAGGGAAAUUAUCAUUGUUUUCAAGUACUGAGAAAUCUAUAUUGUAGUUGGCUGGGACCAAGUUUGUUUCCUUAAAUUGAUGACGUGUUCUAUAUUUUCAGGGCAUAGAGACAAACAAGAUAAAACCAAACAGAAGGCUUUUGUGGAAUCAUAUUAUAAAAGUGAUGAAAGGUAUAUACCAUAUGCUUGUGAAAAUCAUCUUUAAGGCAACCAGACUUCUUCUGUAUAAAAAAAGAUGAUUCGCUUGUUUUUCUUCAAGUGAUUACAUGGCAGAACUGGGAUGUCGUAGUUUGAAAAAGAUCAAGUAAACUUUGAGAAGAGUCAUAAAGAAUGUGAAUUGAGUGUAAAAAUGCACUGCUUUAUUUUAGUUAAUUGUAGAUUAAACAUAUACCUGUUUCCAGUUUGUGGAGAAUGAAGAAGAUGAAAGACAUAGGGAUAUAUCUUCCAUUACUGUCAGUUAUAUUAACAUGGGAUCCUUACCAUUCCUUCCAAGCCUCUCUGUCCAUUGUUCAGCACCCUUUAAAGAUGAACAGAGAUUAACAGUAACAGUAUUUAGUAGAUUGCACUGAUAUGUUGUGCCUUUGCCCAUUAUACCUAAAAUAAUACUGUGGUCAAAUCCUUUUGAAGUGAACAGGAUUUGAAUGACAAUUAUGGUGGCCAUCUGUUCUUAACUCUCAUUGGUUAUAUAAACAUGAAAAAAGCAGUAAACAUAAAAAGUAGCAAAAUAUUCAGAUGUACAAUAUUUAAGUUAGCUGCCACAACAGUUAUAGAUCCCAUUUUAAGUAUGUUUUAUAAUUAAUCGUAAAGCAACAGCAAAACCGAAAUUGCUAAAGCAACUUGAUGAAACAUUAAACCAACAUAGUUGCCUUAAAUAGUUUUAAGUUGUAAAAUUGUUUAUAACAAUGUGCUUAAAGCUGUAAUUCACCCUGGGACCUUAGGGUAAAAGGCAGGUAAUAAAUAAGUAAAUGAUAGUUUUCUUAUGCAAAAAACAGUAUUUGCAACCUUGUUUAGAUCUUGCAAUUUCUGUUUACUUUCCAGAAGGAACACUGUAUUAGAUUUUCCUCACAUUGAGGUGGUCCGUAAAAAAGAAGAAAGGAAAAAAUUACCUGGACACACUUGUAAGGAAUGUGAAAUAGUAAGUUAAUUAUUUUUCCUUGAUAUCAUGAACCUCAUUCUGUUUAUUCAAUAGAAUAAUUUAGGUAUCUCAUGAAUUUCAUAUACAGAGACAUAUAUCUGUAGCAUAGCUGAUGAAAUGGUGCAGUGUGCAUUUAACCAAGGUAUGCAUGACCCUUAUUUUUGAAUAUUUAGCUACCUGCUUGACUAUAAUAUGUAUUGGGAAGAAAUGGAAAUAACAGAGUGCAAUAAAGACUGCUGAUUUUGAACAGUGCAAAAAUAGACUAUAGAUUAAAACUGAAAAUGCCUGUGAAAUCUCCUGGACACUUCUAUAGGUGCACAGGGUCUCCUGCAACUUGAGAUUUACAGUUUUUAACUCAUGCUUCCGAGGAUCCCCUGACAUCAGAAGUUGCUAUUCGUAUGGGGUGAGGGCUGCAGUUGGAAGAGAGCCCUAGACACUGCCUACAUAGGUUUAGGAUCUAAAAAAAAAUAAAAACCCAUACUAAGAUUGAAAUUGACCGUUUAUCAUCACAAGGGAAUAAUACAUAUUAAUAAUUUAUAAACUGCUUUUCUACUUUAAGCAUUUCUCCCCAGUCUUAAGUUAUUGCAUCAAAUAACUUGAUACAAAUUUCAUCUAAUUAUGCUGUAAGCAGAGUGGAUAAAAAUCAAUGAUUUUUUUAAAAAUUAAAAAAUGGAUUUUUAAAUUUAAAUCAGAUUUUUUUAAUCGGAUUUUUAAAAUAAAAUGCUUUUGGAGGAAAAAUCUUUCUAAAGAUAGUUUUCUAUUUAAGUUACAUUAUAGUCCAAAGGCUAUUCAUCAGGAAAUAAGGAUUUGUUUAAAGUUUUUCAUGUGUGCUAAAACUCAGUCUAAGGUGUUUUUUUAAAAACAUAUUUUUAAAAAGUUUAAUCACAUCGGUUAACAAACAUGGAUACAUAUGCUAUAAUGUUAUUGUUUUAGUUAAAUAAAUUGUUUACACUGUUAUUAAGUAAAUGAUUAUUUUUCUCCUUCCAGUAAAGUACAGCAGAAAAGUUGUCCAGAUAUAAACAAUAAUUUCAUAAUUAUCUGUCUAUGUAUUUCUGAUAGUAUAACCAAAUCAGUAAUUUUUGAUGUAACUAAAAACUACUCUGAAAAUUUAUUAUUCCAAAAAUGAAACCUUCCUCUGGUAGUAAAUAUUAAGAGGAUGCCAGCAAGGUUGAACCUUUCUGUAAAAAUGAUUUAAAUCAAGCCUUACUGACUAGUGAUUUAAAUCAAUUUGAUUUAAAUCAAAUCCACUCUGGCUGUAAGAGCACAUGUAAUUCAUUCAUUAAUGUAUUCUACAAUUUGUUGGGGAGCAUAGAUGAGUCUUAUACUAUGUAAGAGAUUCCAUUUACUGUUUUUAACUUGUAUUUCCAUCUUUCUUAUCUAUUCUUCCCAUUUUUUUAAAAACACACACUCAACUGUAUGUUUCUGAAAUUAAAUAUUUAAAAAUAAGGAGCUUAAUACAAACUUAAUAAAAACUUUGCGAUACCUUUCUGUAUUGCACAUAGCUUAAUCUAUAGCCUACUGUGAAGCUUAAUUUUGUUCCAAAAUAUGUGAAAUCCAGAAGCCUAAAAUAAUAAGAAAGGGACAUAAAAGCAGCUCUGUGUCUUGUGCCAAGAGCUGUGUGUGAACAAUUUUAAUUUCCUGUCUCUGCACAGUGCAAGACUUCUCUUUAAGAACUUGUCUCUUGUUAGAUUUUGGUGAGUUACUCAUAGCAGUGACUAUGAGAUUGGAAACACAUGGGGAAUUUUUUUAUAAUGAAGAAAUGUUCAGAAUAAAGGCAGAAUUUUAAAACACUUCUAGAAAGAGGCUUUUAAUAUAAACAAUCCAAGCAAAUUAUUUUCACAAAGGCAGGUGGAAUUUCAGCAGUAGCAUUGCACCAAAAUAAUGGGAUGUGAGGCAGAAUCAUAGAAUUUGUAGAGUUAGAAGGGACCAUGAGGGUCAUUUAGUCCAACCCCCUGAGAUGCAGGAAUCUUUUGCCCAACAUGGGGCUCAAACCUAUGACCCUGAGAUUAAGAGUCUCAUGCUCUACCAACUGAGCUAUCAUAUGGGUUGACUACAUUCAAUAUUUUGUACAGCCAAUAUGAUAGUGCUUCAUGUUGUUUGGUUUUUUUUAAAAUCCUGCCCAAAAGGCACCCUUUUUUGGUACACUAAGCUUCAUAAAUGAAAUAAAAUCCUAAGAAAAGAAUGCAGGGCACUGUGGAACUCUGCCUAAACCCUUUCUUGGGAUUUUUAUUUUUUUUAAUAGAUGUUAGGUUCCUCUGCUUUCCUCUUUUCUUUGUCGGUGGAAGUAUGGAAAACUUAGGGAAUGGCCAUAAGGCCCACCAUUGCCACAGCAGAAAAUCUUAGGUCUGAGAGAGACUUUCAGCUGAAUGUGUGAACUGACUCCAUGGAUAAGCACUGCAUGGGAGGUGAUGUGAAUGUGUUGUAUGUGAUGUUUGUUUUGCCCAUGCAGUUCAUCCCUUCAGUCACCAGAACUUGAAUGUGUAAACCAGCCAUUAAAAUCCCACACGUUUUCUAAGUCCCGCUCGUCAGAAACUCAUAUUUUCUACUCACUGCCUGCAUGAUAUGCCCCUUUUGGCAUUAUAUAUUAGACCCUUUUUAUGAUUCCUCAGUCUUUGGAAUUUGCAAGCUGUCAGAUUUCUACUUCAACUGAAGCAAGAAUUUAGCUUUAAGAAAGAGAUUUCUGAAUACAUAUAGACAAUGUGGUACUGCACAAUAUCUGUAUCAUACAGUUCUGACAGGGACCAUGGCUUGAAGCACAGCAUAUUAUCUUAGUAAACGCAAAGGGGAUUAAAUGUACUCCCUCUUGAAGUAUUAUGGAGCCUUCUUAAAGAGCUUUUAUGUGCGAGUUUGUAGCUGUUAUUCAGGUCAGUGGGAAUAUACUGCACAUUGUUUUCGGAACCUUAGAACUGUCAAACUGCAAAGAAGCUAAAGGUCGCCUAGACUCAAUACCCUGAAGCAGGAAACGGUGUACCAAACUUUUAAAGAGGAAAAAGAUUGUAAAACACACCUGUUCUAAAAUUAUAAAAUAAAUAAGAAUCUGGCAACAGACAUCCCAUUCUAAGAGAACAUUAAUAUAUUAUCCUGUUAGAAUCAGUUAGACAUGAGGUGAAAUGGGGAGCAGGAAGGACAAGAGUAACACUGUACCACUGUCAGGCCGGAAUUGGUGAAAUAUGCUGCUAAAUUCUGCACCAGCUGAAAUUUCCAAACACUCUCCCAGCAUCACCCUCUGGAAACUACCAUCCAAGCAGGAUCGGAACCACCGCAAAGCAGUACCACCCAUCCCUAACUCGGGCAGCCACUCCAGAAGGAUACCAUGGUUGGUGGUAUCAAAAGCUGCUGAGAGGUCAAGGAUAAUUAAUAGGGACACAUUUCCCUGUCUCUCUUCUGACAGAAGUCAUAAACCAAAACAGUUUCUGUGCCAAACCCUGGCCUAAACCUUGAUUGAAAUGGAGCUAGAAAACCACUUCCUUUCAAGAGUGCCGGGAGGGGGGGGAUAAGUAAUGGACCCUUUUUUGGGUAUUCUGGUUCAGGAGUUAUUUCUUAAUACUGAGUUUCUGCAAUAUCUCUUUAGUACUAUGCAGAUUUUCCAGAAGAGGAGAGGGAAAAGAAGUUAGCUGCCUGUUCAAGGCAUCGGUCUCGCUAUGUUCCUCCUGAUACACCAGAAAAUUUCUGGGAAGUCGGAUUCCCGUCCACCCAGAUGUGUGUUGAAAGAGGCAAGUAUGUGAAAUAGUGGCUUAAAAGGUGGUACAGUCACCUAAUAGACACAGAUCUGUCUUCUUCAUAUUCAGACUUGAUCGUUGAGGUCUUCUGAUUGAGCUGUUUCGGUGGUCGCCUAGACCCCUGAGGUUCAGCUGGCCUUUUCCAGGGGCCGAGUCUUUAGUGUGGCAGGCACUGCCCUGUGGAACCCCUUGCCACAAGUUUGCUAAUCCUUGCUAAUACAGGUUCGGCAGGCAUGAUCAUUUUUAGACAUAUUUUUAAAACUGUGUGAUUAUGACAGGACUUUCAAACCUGAGAUUCUUUGCCAACCAGCUCUAACUGCUGCGUUUGAUGUUUUUAUUGUAAUACUGUGUUUUUAGUCUGUAUACUGCCUUGAGAUAGUUUAUAUGAAUGUGCAGUUCACAAAUAUUAAAAUAAAUGUUGCAUCAGCCAAUUGGGUUGUAUUGAACAUUACAGGAAUCUGCAGUACCAGCCUACAGAACUACUACUGGGGGGAAACUGGGCCAGAUUCAACUAAGUACUUUUCACUAGUAGGAGCCCGUACAAGAGCUCCUGUUAGCACAGAGGGGCUUUCCCCCCCUCCCCUGCCCAUGUAUGUCAAAAUUGGCUUUGAGAGGGUUGGGAGAAAAACCAGAACAGCACGUAGGAGGGAGGAGAGAGGUCAUUUCAUUGGACAAAAAUAAAUGCUUGCAUUGGUGGAACAUGUUUUAGUGUGACGUUGAAUUCCUCCCACUAUUUUUACAUUUACAGUGGUGCCUCGCAAGACGAAAUUAAUUCGUUCCGCGAGUUUUUUCGUCUAGCGAAUUUUUCGUCUUGCGAAGCACGAAAUCCCAUAGGAAUGCAUUGAAAUUCAAUUAAUGCGUUCCUAUGGUCAAAAAAAGUCCAAACAAAGCCAAAUUUGGUACAACAAGAGUUUAUUAAGUGCUCUUUAAAGUCACACAUACUGUAAAGAGCAUUUCAAAAAUUGAAGGAACAAUAAAUUAAGUUUCUAAACAUGACAGAAAAACAUUUAAAAAUCAACAAAGUGUACAGUACAUUUUCUAAGACUCUGGGGGACAACUCGAAGAAGGUUCCUCUUCCACUCUUUCCUUCUUGCUGAAGAACCCCCUCCUCUACUGUUCCCCCAGCCACCCACCACACAGAAAUUCAAAUCCAGAAUUUUUUUAAAAAAACAGCAGAGUGGCCCAAUGGUCACAGAAAAUCAUAAAAAUGCAGAAAAAAACCAGACAAGCUUCCAGAUUCUUGCAAACCCCUCCUCAACUGUUCCCCCAGCCACCCACCACACAGAAAUUCAAAUCCAGAAUUUUUUUUAAAAAACAGCAGAGUGGCCCAGUAGUCACAGAAAAUCAGAAAAAUGCAGAAAAAAACACACAAGCUUCCAGAUUCUUGCAAACCCGUCCCCAACACCAAGUCCUUGAAUUCCAAACACCCCAACCCAAAAUCCAAAAACCCCCCAAAAAGUUUUAAAAGUUUAACUUACCAAAUGGCUGCAAAAGAACUUUUGGAAAAGCUUCAAAAAUCACCAAAGUCUUCAAAAAAGGCUACCACACCGCAUUCUAUGAGUUGCUCCUCGAAGUCAAGUCGCAACUGUAUUAACGGUGUUAAGAAAAAGGAAACAAACUUGCAAGACGUUUUCGUUUUUCGUCUUGCGAAGCAAGCCCAUAGGGAAAUUCGUCUUGCGAAGCAGCUCAAAAAACGCAAAACCCUUUCAUCUAGCGAGUUUUUCGUCUUGCGAGGCAUUCGUCUUGCGGGGCACCACUGUAUUAAAGUAUUUCAAAUACUUAACAAAGUGUUCCCUUUACUUAGCUACCCACCUGCCUGAUAACAGAACUUACGACUGUUGAUGUUUCAGAAUGAGAAACAAUGGCUGCAUUGCACUUCAUGGUAAACCAGUUACUAGUUUGCUAUGAACACAUAGACAACACCUGCUUGGCUCCUUCCUGGCACGAAACAAUGAUGCCUGGCUUAGUGUUAAAUCUGAACUGGAGAUCAUGGUUUGAUUUGUUUCAGUCAAACCACAGUGUGAAGGAAGGGUUUGUUCUUUGCUUCCUGCUUUCUGUUUGGUUUGCAUAAGCCAAAUGGUUCAAGUGUAAUGCUAAGUCAGGGAUUUUGUAGUUUUUUGUUCACACUAUGGGGGCAAUGAAACAGGAGCCAUCUGUGCAUCUGUCGUAAACAAUUAAUCAUGGUUUACCAUGAUGUGCAAAUGUGACCAACAAGAAAUAGUUUGGUGGGGAAAAGAAAAAGAAACCCAGCACAUAAAUAUUCAAGAAAAAAUAUGUUUUGUAUAGUUUACCACUGUAUAUGUAAUCAGAAGUAGUAUUCAUUGGUGGAAUCCUCCUUAAAUCAGUUUCUAGUUGCUGCAGUACACACAUUCUUUAUCUGAAUGCAAUCCAGGCAUUAAAUGAUCUCCCAGUAGAUUAGUGCUAUACUGCUUUCAUAUGCAGGAAGCCAUGAAAAAAACUAUAGCAAUCCCAUUUCCUUUUAAAGAGUAUCUAGAGAUCAUCAGCUUCCUCAUAAAAUACCUCUUGUUUAGUUUAGAGUUUUCAUGCCAGAAGCCUUUCAAGCACAAAGUUACUCUUAAUUAUUUAGAAUGCCAUUAUUUAAGUGGGUGUACUUGAGAAAAGCGCCUAACUUUUUUCACUCUGCACUGCCAGUGGCACUUCACAACAAAGAACAACUUAUUAGACUAACAUUUUUAUGCGAGGAGAUGGAACAGCAGGGAGCCAAUUUGUCCUGUAUCUGGAGCUCAGGUCACCUGUUUUACUAGCAGGAAGACUAGACAAGACUCAGGCGUUACUCGUUUGGGACAGGUAGAGUCUUUCCUGUUCUGUACAAGGGAUGCCAUGUCCAACAUAGGGACCUGGCAAAGCCCAGACCUCCCACAAACUUUCUGCAGAGAACUGCCAGCACCAGUUGGCUCACUUGGAUUUUGCUAAGAGGUGAAACUGAAUCCAUGUUCAAUAUACCCCAUGUUCAAACCCUAAGCCAAGUAAGAUUUCAUCAUCAGGUGCAUAACCGCAUUGUGCCCAGUGUGUCAAACUAUUGCUCAAAAGAAACAUUUCUUAUAAAUAAAGCUAGGACAGCUUGUAUGACGUAGGUAUGUACCAAAUAAUUGCCUUGGCUGGGGUGCUAUGGAAACUUAAACUAGGACUAGUGUGGCCAUUUAUUUCAGUGGAUUGUGCUGGUAGUCUUUGGGUUUUUUUGCAAUAUCAUUCAUGUCUCAUGAGAGUUCAUCAGUGUUUUAAAUGUAUUAGUUGUGCACCCUGUUAAAUAUUAAGACAUACAUUCAUUAAUCUUUAUAAUAAUAGCAAGUGAUAAUAUUUUCAGUUUAUUUAGCACUUUUCCUAAGUGCUGGAAGUACAUCACAAACAUACUUUCAGAAAUAUUUACUUGGUAGACUCAAUAUUAUUAUCUCCCUAUUGCAGACGCAGGCCUGAGUUGAAGUGAUAGUAACUUGUGUCGCCCGAUCAGUCCAUUACUGUGAUGAAAAAUGAACCCGGGAUACCUCCACUCUAAGCUUAUUUUUGUAACCACUCUAGUAUGCUAGCAAAUUGUUUCCCUGUUUCAGCACAGAAAGUUACCCUUACAUAUAGAACUAUAAGCUGUGCCACAAUAGCAGUUAAGAAGCUUAAAACGCCAAAUAACACUGUUUGGUAUGCUGACCACAAUAGUUGGGUUGCAGUAGUUCCACAGGCAUACUCUUCCUAAUCACUCCUGGCUGAAAUCCAAUACACUUAUUUGUAAUCCUGGAUCAGAAGCUUAUUUCAAGUACAAACUUUUAAAAGAAAUGUAUUCUAACCAGAUAAAUUGUUAAGAGUGCAAAUAAUUUCACAAAUUUGUGAGUCAAGGCCCCGCUCCCCGCUUUGUGAUGAAAUAAGACACAUGGACACAAGCAUUUUCGGUUAAUGGGCUAAAAAGGGCCACAACUUUAUAUUGCUUCUAACAUUAGACGUUUCGUAUGGACUCUUUUUUACAAUCUUUAAUAUAAAAAUUUAAAAAGCCAUUUAACACUGAAAGAAGCAGGAAUUUCUCCCAGCUCUGUUUGAUAGUGCUUUCUCUUGCCCAAAUCAUGUGUUGAAAUUUCGUUGUGUCUUUUUUUUUUUAGGUUACAUAAAAGAGGACCUUGCUCCCUGCCAGCGUCCUAAAAGAAGACAGCCUUAUAAUGUGAUGUUUUCUCCAAAAGGCAAGGAACAAAAAACAUAA